CUAUAGUACUGUAUAUAUUAUCUUCAUAUAUGUGUUAAUAGGAUCAGUGAUUUGUGGAUCAGUUGUUUGUGAUGAUGUGCUGAUGAUUAUGGAUGUGAUGGUCAACUCAAAUGUCUUUAUUUGAUCCACAAGAAAAAAUUUAGGACAUGAAUGACAAGUAUUGGAAUGAAAGCACAUCCGUUGGCUUCGACUUCGGCAUCGACUUCGAUGACGACGACAACGACGACAACAAUACUAUUACCACCGAUGAUGAUAUAAAGUUUACGACCAUCGCUGAAGACACCACAACAUCAACAGAUAAACAACAACAACAAGAGUUACAAACUAAAUGCUCGGAUUUAAAGAUAUCGCAAACCUUAGCUGAAGAACAGAUCCAGAAAUGUCUGAAAGAGAUUGAAAGACGUAACGCUGACGACGACGACGGAUCCAAUGCAAGACAAUCGGACAGACAAUUGACUGUCAAAGAAGCCGUCAAUUGUCUGACAAAAGGUCGCGAUGUCAAUCUUCGCCGAUAUAAAUCACUGGCCGAUAAACUGAAACUGUUGGACACAGCUAUCGACAGCAAAGACUCCAACGCUAUCAUCAGUACUGUUGUUCAUCUGAAACGAACGGUUAAGCCAUCGAUAUUUAACACAGAACUAAUCAAAAGAUCCAUAGCUGCCGAUCAUUAUGUCAGUUAUCUGCGACAAUACGAUCGAUACGAUGAACUAUACGAUCUGUUGGCAAUGUUGUGCCGACAUCAGGAACUGGCAUUCAUGGCCAUCAGUCAGGCCAUCGGCAGCGGCGUAAACAUUACAUCGAAAAUCAAUAAUCUGAAGAGCUGUUUGCGCAAACAUAUGACUACCGGUGGCCAGGAUAUGAUGUUUUGGCAACAUUUGAUCACCGAUCAGAUCCAACUACUUGAACAACAGUUGCCCAUCGAAGCCGACGAUCAGCGCCAAGAACGCGAUGGUCUGAAUCCCGAGUUUGCCAAAAUACCGCGUCCAACACUGACCAACCUAUCGGUUAUAUCUACGCUAUACUAUUGUUGUCUCUAUCACUACGAUUUAGCCGAUAAUCAUUUUGCCAGUCCAAGCAAUUUGACGAAAAAUUUCAAACUAAAUCAAAAACAAUUUGUUUGGACAGCAGUGACUGCAUUGGCCAACACUGGCCGCUGGGAUCAAAUUGAUGGCCUAUUUCAACAUAAAUCAUGGUUAGGUAGCAAACGAAUCAAGUGCUGUAUAUCACUACCAAAAUUGGUUAAAAUAUUGCAUAAUAACGGCGCCUCCAGAGAGGUUACCCAUAAAUAUCUACAACUAAUCGAUAAUAGCGAAACAAAAGCCGAUUUGGUUAGAGAUCUGAAGAUUUGA